AUAACGUUCCGCUACAUCACGAGAGCGGCGGUUGUGGUUUGGAGGCGUGUGCGCAGUAUCAUAACACGAAAGACCAGUCUGUUACCGCAAGCCACUGGGAGCACAUUCUCCAUGUCUCAAUGAAAAGUGCAGCCAUCAAUCGCGUGUGAUAACCAGUGUUUCUAGUGAUAAGUAACAGACUCAUCAUGGAACUACAAAAUCACAAGGAGGAAAAUGGGGUUGAAAUAGCUGACUCAGCACCAACACAAGACCUUAUCCAGAAGGCGACAGGUUCCUUUGGCAAAUAUCAAUUAUGUCUUUGUUUAUUGAUAUUCUUAUCGAAAUUCCCGGUAGCAUUUCAUCAGAUGGCCAUUAUAUUCCUGUCUCCGAAAGUGGAGUAUACCUGUAAGAACAGCAAUCUCACGUGUCCAUGUUCUGAACCGGAGUAUGACACCUCAAUAUUUACGAAUACAAUAAGCAUGGAAUGGGAUUUAAUAUGCGACAGAAAAUGGCUGACCAGUUUUACACAAACAUUGUUCCAAUUGGGAACGCUAGUGGGCAGUGUAAGCUUUGGAAUGGCUUCCGAUAGAUUUGGAAGAAAAAAACCUCUAUUAGUGGCAGUGGUAAUACAAGUCUCUAUGGGAAUAACUGCUGCCUAUAUUCCUGAGUUUUGGACGUUCACCUUCAUCCGCUUCCUGGUUGGGAUGUCGGUUGGCGGAACAAUGGUUACGGGAUUUGUAAUCAUCAUGGAGUUCGUUGGCACAAAAUAUCGGGACAUUAUUUCGGCCCUUUAUCAGACGCCUUUCAACUUAGGCCACAUGUUGCUACCAGUGUUUGGAUACUUCUUGAGGGAUUACACGAAGUUUCAAUUUGCAAUUUCAUUGCCAACAAUAAUCUUACUGUCCUACUUCUUCUUGGUGCCUGAAACUGCGCGGUGGUUGAUAGCCGUAAAGAGAACCGAUGAGGCAAUUCUUGUUUUGGAACGAGUAGCUAAAGUAAACAAUCGUCCAACAGAAAAUAUCCGAAGGGAUGUGGAAUUAUAUCAAGAAUCAGUGGAGAAGAGUCAACUUAAAAAAGGCAGUAUACUGGAUCUAUUCAGAACUCCCAAUCUGAGAAAAAAUAUUGCUGCAAUGUCAUUUAAUUGGUUAACGUGCAGCUAUUGUUUUUACGGUGUAUCUCAAUACGUAGGACAAUUAAGUGGGAACGUGUUCGUUAAUGUCGCAGCCAGUGCCAGUGUUACGUUACUUGGCACUCUUGUGUCUAUUCCUUUGAUGAAAUUAAUAGGCAGGAAAACGAUUCUAAUAAUAUUUAACUUCAUAUGUGCCUUGUGUUUGUUUAUAUUAGCGGUUGUUCCAGAAGGGAGUGUAGCAACAGUUAUAUUGGCAAGUGUAGGAGUAGUAGCUAGUUUUAUUAAUUUUGUGGUAGUUUAUUUGUAUUGCACUGAAUUAUUCCCGACAGUAGUCCGUAAUGCGGCUAUAGGAUUCUCGUCAAUGAUGGCACGAGUGGGUUCCAUGUUGGCGCCUUUUGUUAUAGGAAUGAAGGAUGUUGCGGAAUGGAUGCCCCCAGUGGCUUUCGCAGUAUUCCCUCUUGUAGCCGCAUUUAUUACGUUCGUUCUCCCUGAAACGAAAGGGUGUGAACUAAUGACUACGAUAGAGGAAGGAGAGCAAUUCGGUAAAAAGAAAAAAAUACGUGAUAAUAAAGACUUAGUACCUAAUAAGCAACAUUAGGUAGAUAAUUUUGUAAAUAUAGAUUUUAAUUUAGUAA